UCCUACGAUGCAGAUCGGUGCCGCUGUUACCUGCGUUUUCCGCAGUUGGAUGUUGACGAAAAACCAGUAGUCGGCGGAUAAUUGGAUGGUCGGCAGGUCGGUCGGUCGGCCUAUCGUACAAAUAGGCAUGUGUACAUAUGUACGUACGAGUGCUCUGUUGAAGUGGCAGUUGAAUGGAAACGAUUUGGCGGGUAGUCAAUUCACUGCAUUUUUACGCAUCGACGCGACGCGACACAUCUGUGAAUUCGAAUGCAGCAAUAGAUGCUAAUAAGAAAAGCAACGGUGUCGAGGUGACGUGUGUGCUUGUUGUGUUUUUGCUACAUCUGUGAAUACGUUUGGUGAUUAAGUGGUUUCAAGUGAAACAAUUUUGAGUGUGCUCCAGCCUAUUGAUGUGGCUCUAACCCCUCGCACAGUGGGAAUCUAAUAAGUCUAGCUAUUCGCGAAAUUUCAAAUGGCAUUGACGAGAUAGAUGCGUCGGUGAAACACAAGGGAUAUACAUAUGUACGACUUUUCACAUGCAAACUCAUAAGUUUACAUACAUAUGUACAUAAUACAUAUGAGAAAUUACACACGUAUGCUAAAGAAAAAAAAAACAUAAAAACUACGCGCUUAUCUUCUCGUGCUCAACUGCCAGCAGGUCAGCGCAUAAGUUCGGAAGUGUGACAAACCAAUUAGAGUUUCACUUUGUGUUGCGUGUUAAUUAUAUCUAAAAGAUACUUCGCGGACGUUAUGCUACAGCGGCGCUGGCGCUGGCGCUGAUGUUCACGUUUACAAUAAAAGCAAUGAUGAUGACGAUAGAACGCGCAAACUGUUGCCAAUGGAUAUAUUUUAAAGUACAAAAAAAUUACAAACAAUAAAAAUUGGCUACGAGCAAAUCUACUUAAUACAUACCCAGAUGUGGGCAAAGUAAACAUGUCACCAAUUUUGAAGCUCACACCAGGCAAUAAAAUAAAUAAAAAAUAUUUAAUAUAAACCAAACACAACAAUAAAUGUCCCAUGGUCCGAGGAUAAAUUUUAGGCUGUGAUUAAAUAUUGUUGACGUUUGAAACUACUUUCAAAAUACUGUUCUGCUAAUGGCUUCCCAUAGAUGCAAAAAUGGUUCAAUUUAACACAGAAAAUGUUAAAGCGGAAAAUGGCAUCAGUGCUGGUAUGAUUGGAGACGGUUGUAAAAUGACCAAUGCCUCCAAUACGCCUACUCCAUCGCCUUCGCGAACACCAAACAAGGCCCGACAGUUGUCAGUGAUGGACGAAGAAGAAGGCGCUACUGCUGAAAAUAUUCAUUUGGACGAUUUGUACACACGAUAUCGCCAACGCCUACGCAAGUCACUUUUUAGAUCCGGCCUACUGAUAUCACUAGUUGCAUGUGUGGUCUCCAUAAUUGUUGGUGUAAUUUACGAACAAGGUUUGCUUCAAACGUGCCUCUUGGCGCUAGCUGCCAUCAUAUCUGCGGGUAUAUUGACAGCACUGCAAUUCCCGGCGGUGCUUAGCUCGCCAGUAGCCGCGUUGGCGUUUGCCAUUGUAACCACUUUCUCGCUGGGGACGAUAGCAGCAAUUACGGGUGAAAAAUUGGCGCCAUUACCGUUAUUUGCCGUUUUCUUAGGUAUACAUACAAUGUUGCCGAUAUCCUGGCCAGUUUCCGUGGUAUUAGCUUUUUUCAUGACGACUGUUCACAUUAUCUACCGCAUUGCGACCAGCGAGGAAUAUACACCCAGUUUGCCGUUGCUCUUCGGGGAAAUUAUCAUGUUGGCCUCCGCAUCUGUUUCUGGUCUUUACUAUCGCAUUAUGUCAGAUGCAGCACACAACCGCACUGUGGACGGUACACGUACAGGAAUCGAGCAACGCGUCAAGCUAGAGUGUGAACGAGAGCAACAAGAGCAGCUUUUGUUAAGCGUCAUUCCCGCUUACAUAGCGGCAGAGGUGAAGCGUAGUAUUAUGCUCAAGAUGGCUGAUGCCUGCCAACGCGCUGGUGGUCAGACUACUACAUCUGCUACACGUUUUCACGAAUUGCACGUGCAGCGCCAUAACAAUGUGUCAAUUUUGUAUGCGGACAUUGUGAAUUUCACCCCACUUUCUGAGCAACUUUCUGCUAGUGAUUUGGUGAAGACGCUGAACGACCUCUUCGGACGUUUUGAUCAGAUUGCAGGGGAAAACCAGUGCUUGCGCAUUAAAAUUCUUGGUGACUGCUACUACUGUGUGUCCGGACUGCCCAUAUCAAGGCCGCAACACGCUGCCAAUUGUGUAAACAUGGGCCUACAGAUGAUUGAUGCCAUAAGACAUGUGCGCGAGGCAACCGGAAUUAAUGUUGACAUGCGUAUAGGCAUUCAUACUGGUAAUGUCCUUUGCGGUGUCCUUGGCUUACGUAAGUGGCAAUUUGAUGUUUGGAGUGAUGAUGUUACGUUGGCGAACCAUAUGGAAAGUGGUGGUGUAGCAGGCCGAGUUCACAUCACUAAGCAAACUCUACAAUUCCUUGGUGACAAAUUCGUGGUUGAAGAGGGAAAUGGCGCUAGUCGGGACAGUUAUUUGGCGGAUCAUAAAAUCGAAACAUAUCUCAUCGUACCCCCAAAGAAAAUACCUUAUCCAAUUGGCGUGCCGCAAGUGAUCGAGAUAUCAUCUUCUACAGAGGCCCAGCUUAACGAUUGCGAUGUUACCGAACGUCUUCUACCGAACCCUGCCCCUACCAGCAUCUCGAACGUGAAUAUAGCUUUAGCUAGUGGGCAGAAGACACCAAAUCAAGAAGAUGCGGUUUCUACCGGUGCCAUUAGCGGACUAAGCGGUGGGAUUUUCGCACUUGAACGUGGAAAACUCUCACCUUCGUCCACCAACAGCCAGGACCCAAUGAUAACAACAUCUAUGUCUAUAAAGGAACUGUCGGAAGAAGAUGAAGACGAUAUAAUAGCACAGACAUCAAAUCCGUUAGAGCAGAAUAAACAUUGCAGUAAUAAAGAUUCAAAUACAGCACUGGAAGAUGCUCAAACUAUUGGCAAUAAGUCAUCGUUAUCAUUAGCAAGCGCAGUAGCAAUGAGCGCAAAUGGCUGCAAUGGUGGUACGACGGAAUCAAGUUGUAAUACUAAUGUCAACGAUGUUAACACCAACAACAAUGCUUCAAACAAUUCAGCGGCUAAUGCUUACAAUUUGUCUAUCGCUGAGGGGCCAGAAAAAAUUCGACGCAAGUUGUCGGUGCAAGGUCUUAUUUCAUUUGCGGACAGAAGACGUUCAUCAGGCGCCUUUAUGGAUGGUCGCAAGCUGUCCAUACACAGUGGAGAGAGCUUUCGCAGCCAUGCUGGUCAUGUUAAUCGCAAUCGUCCCUCCUCCAAGAUGACAAAAUAUGUAGAGUGCUGGGGUGCGGAUAAACCAUUUGCCAAUAUUGCAGAAUCGAAAUUGGUUAAAAACAUAGGACUAGCGAGCAUUGCCAUGAUUGAAUCUAAUCUAUUGCCACCGGAGCGUAAAUGUUUCAAUUUCAAUUUCUUUGGACCUCCUACGGAGCUGAAACCGUUCACAAUGUGGUACCGUAAUACACCGCGCGAGGCCAUGUAUCGCGCCCAACCAGAUACGCAUUUCCGUUUCGAUUUAAUUUGCGCGUUUGUGCUUUUUCUCUCAAUCGCUCUAAUUCAGCUAGUCGUUAUUGAAAAAAAUAUAGCUUUGAUUGGCUCACUGGCAGCCAGCUUCAUUUCACUUGCGCUAUUUUUGUACCUAAGCAAUAUCCAGGUGCCCGAAAUGAAUGCUUCAACGACAGACCGCAAUGGUCCCGGCCAAGUGGUGGCCAGUAGUCGAUACCUUCGACUCGCUAUUUUCAUUAUAGUUAAUAUACUAAUAUCUGCAUGCGCCGUAUUCAGCGUGAUAAACUUUAUGUCCGAUAUAGACAUUGAAUCGAUAAAGCAGGAAAGUAACUUAACCGACUCACUAUCAUCUGCAAUCAAUGGCACAUCUUUGCCAGACAUCAUUUAUACUAAUCUGCAAGUUCCAUUAUAUACUUCAAAUCAAGUAGAGACGGCGCCAAUCUAUUUAUUUUGCUGUGCCAUUAGCCUGGCAGCAGUCUCCGCUUUCCUACGUUCUGGCUUCAUUCUCAAGCUGAUCACCAUGAUUGCGGCUCUCAUAUGUCAAAUAGUUGUGCUGGGUUUUAGUGACCUAUAUAUAUUAUUUAAUUUGCAACAAAUUAGUGCUUUGCCAAUAGAGCUUAAAGGAUUCCUCUUAUUGCUACUGGUGGUUGCAGUGUUGCACACGCUAGACCGCCAGGGUGAAUAUGUCGCCCGCACAGAUUUCUUGUGGAAGGCGAAAUUAAAGGUGGAGCAGGAAGAAGUGGAAACAAUGCGUGGCAUCAAUAAGAUUCUUCUAGAAAACAUUUUACCCGCUCAUGUGGCCACACACUUUCUUCACCAAGACCGCUCAACUGAGUUGUAUCACGAGAGCUAUUCCUGCGUAGCUGUGAUGUUUGCUUCGAUACCAAAUUACAAGGAAUUCUAUGAUGAGACUGAUGUCAAUAAACAAGGACUUGAAUGUUUGCGGUUGCUAAAUGAGAUUAUUUGCGAUUUUGAUAAGUUGCUUCUGAAACCCAAAUUUAGUGGCAUUGAAAAAAUCAAAACUAUUGCAAGCACCUAUAUGUGCGCGUCUGGUCUGCGACCAGGCAAGGAGGACGGCGCCAUGCUGAUGCGUAAUUUUGCGGAUGAGAAGCGCACUGAGGAGCAUAAUGUCACCAUAUUGGUAGAAUUUGCCAUCGCUCUGAUGUCAAUAUUAGACUCAAUUAAUCGUGAAUCAUUUCAACGAUUCCGGUUGCGUAUCGGACUCAACCAUGGCCCGGUCAUUGCAGGAGUUAUUGGUGCACAAAAACCUCAAUACGACAUAUGGAGCAAUACAGUAAAUGUUGCGUCGCGUAUGGAUUCCUGCGGGGUGAUGGGACGACUACAGACGACAGAGAAUACAGCAAAAAUACUGAUGGCUGCUGGCUACGAGUGCGAGUGUCGUGGCCUAACUUAUGUCAAAGGAAAAGGAAAUCUAGUCACUUAUUUCGUAAAGACUCAAUUCGACGGAAAAUUGUAAAAAUUUAGACGAUAAAAAGGAGAUGUUAUUAGCCAAUACGGAAAAACAGCGAAGCAGUAAUGGAUGUGUGUAGCAUGAUAAUAAUUAAAUAUAAAUGUAAUUUAAUAAAAAGAUUAACGUAUUUAUAUAAUUGUGAAAUGAAAGAAAGUACUGGGAUGAAACGAAAAAAAAAUAAUGGAAAAUUAAAUUUCAUAUUCGAAUACAUUGCUUGCAGGUUUGGGCAAACUUAAAUAAUUUGAACGGAUUUGAAGCAAUUAAAAUUUAUAAUUUUUAGAUUUAUUGUUUUACAAAACAGUCGUUAUUUCAGUGCUAUGCUAACUUCCCGGCGCGCCGCGGCGCCGUGCUAAACAUUGUAAUCUUCAGGUUUCGAUUUUGGUUAAUUUAUGAAUACAUUUUACAAUAACAACAAGGUGCGUUCUUGUUUUAAAAAUACCCAGUUUUAAGUUAUUUACUAAGUUAAAAAAUAGCAUUUUUAUUUCUUAUUUAUAUACAAAUAGUCAUAAUUAUUUUCCGACAAAGUUGUGAAAAAAUAAGUGUAUAAUUUCAUCUUGGUUAACAAAUUUUUGGUUUUCUUGAAUUGUAAGGACUAGCAAAAACUUCAGUUGUUCAAUUCAUUUGUAUUGCAGAUGCAAAUUGUGUAAUCGAAUUUUACCCACCUACAUACAUAUUUAGAUAUAAAGAAAUGAAUUUGUAAUAAUAUGUUUACACCAAUUUGCGGAAUUCGUUCCUAAUUCAGUUCAUACAAUUUUUAUUUCAGUUUAUUUAAUCUAAAAUUUUUCCACAGCAUAUGUAAUUCAAAAGUCGUUUAUAUAACACCAUUAACAAUUAAGUCUUAAUCUGAAACAAGAUUCACAACUAUUGAUAUUUUGUAGUGUAAUUCUACCUUAAAAUGUAUUUAUAUUUUUAUUAAAAUACGUGCAAACCUAAAAAUUAGUGUUUCAUUCUCGCCACGAAAACUCAACAGAGUUGGGUUUUUUUAUUUUUAUUUAGAAAGGCAUAAAUUACCUACCUAAAUAUAUGCCCAUUCGAUAUCAAAAGUAUGUAUAUAAGUUCAAUUAACUCCGUCAAUCUUAAAAAAAAAAAUGCAUUUAACAUUAGUUAUUGUUCAGAACUGAAAUACUGGAUAUACUGCGGUUUUCGAGACUAAACUUUUGCCUCUAUACAUUAAAAAUCGUAAGUUGAUUGUCUUUCAUCCCCAUACAGGCCAGAAUUUUGUCAACCUACAUAUAAAUACAUAAGCAAUUAAACAGACUUUAACUUAUUAUUUUUAUUACGUACCC